CUUAUCUUGCUCCCAUGGAAUGGAAUACCUGCAAGUGAAGCUUUUGAGACAGAAGAAGCAGAAAGAUGGAUCUUAGGGGGCUUUGGUUAUGGUUUGAGACAUGCAAGCCCUACCUCUUUCUUAUCUUAAACGAGCUUUGCUUUGCAGUGUUUUUGAUUCUCCUUCAAUACAUCCUCUCAAAAGGUGUCAAUGCCCUCGCCCUUGUCGUCUAUGAGCACAUUCUUGCCACCGUGGUUAUAUCAGUUCUUGCCUUCUUCCUAGAAAGACAGAAGAGGCCACCACUUUCCUUCAAGAUACUAUGCUAUGCCUUCUUGUUGGGACUCCUACAGAUUACACUAUGCCAGUUGCUGUUGACAAUGGCCUUAGAAUUCAUUGGGUCGUCAUAUGAAAGCAUUGGUUUGAACUUGCAAACUGCACUGAUCUUCGUUCUAGCAGUGGUUUUUGGGCAGGAGAAGUUCCGAUUUUGGAGCAGAAACGGGCAGGCUAAGAUAUGGGGUGUGACUAUAUCUGCUGCCGGUGUAUUGUCAACUGUGCUUUGGACGGGACCCACCGUUCUCAAAUCAACAAAUUUGGCUACUAGUGAGGCCACUUUUGGUGUUAUUAUGAUCAUCGUUGGGGUACUUGCCACCUGUUUCUGGAACAUUUUCGUGGGCCAUGUUACACGAAUGUAUCCAGCGGAGCUAUCAUUGACGGCGAUGAUGAGCUUCUUCGGGACUAUCCAAACAGCCAUAGUCACAGCAAUUGUGAUCCCAAGUUCAUCCUGGAAACUUCAAUGGGAUGGAGGCUUAGUUCUUGUAGCCAUCCUCUUUGGGGGAAUUGUGAUAACAGGCCUUUCAUACUACGUGAUGACAUGGAGUAUACACAAAAGGGGUCCAGUCUUUACGUCAGCAUUUACACCACUCCUCAUUGUUUUCUCCUUCCUAUUGGACACAUUUGUACUUGGUGACACUGCACAUUUGGGGAGCAUUGUAGGAGCUUUUCUAGUAAUUGUGGGGCUCUACCUAAUAUUAUGGGCGAAGGCUGACGAUAUGAAGCAGUAUGAGAUAAAUGAUGAUAUCUCCAUCAACUCACCCUUGAUUCAACCAUAAGAGAUCAAAAGUGUAUUAAAAUCAGUUUUCUCAUAAGAGAAAUGAUAUAAAUCU